AUGCUUCCUGGAAUCUACCACAUGAAGUCCAACAAAUCAAAAUUUUACGACUCUACCCUGAACGAGGCCUCGGACAGCUGUUUCUCCGAGAAACAUCAUACCCCUCAUAUCGCAGCGCGGCGCUCCUUGGCCCACGCGUAUAGCAUGGCCAACGUAAAGGCUCUCGAGGGGCAGAUUCAACAAGUCAUCGAUACGUGGGUGACGCGGCUCUGCACGCAUGAGGAGAAGCCCUUCGUACUAUCUGAUCGAGUACUUUGGUUGGCAUUUGAUGUUGUCGGAGUCAUGGUAUUUGGCGAGCCUUUUGGCUUUGUCGAGGAAUGGACUGACGUCCGAUCAAUGCUGGAGCGAUCGAGCAAGUCCAACACCUCCGGCAGAUAUUUGGAGUACUUCAACCUCAUCCCAGCGCUGAGUGGACUGGUAAGGAAAACACGCAUAGGAAGAUUGUUGUUUCUCCCUUGGCCAACGGAUCAGGUUGGGCUUGGCGUGAUGAAAGCGGAGCGUGACGCGGCUUGGGUUAAGUAUUUCGAACACAAGCCUGUGGCUUCACCACACUGUCUUCUCAGUCAGAUACUGGGAAAAAGGACCGACACGAAACCUAACUUUCUGUUGAGCGAUGAUCGAAUCAAGACAGAGCUUCUCAUCGCCAUCCUGGCCGGAACGACUACAACUGCCAGGGUACUCAACUCGGCAUUGAUAAACAUCGCAGCACGGGAAGAAUGCAGCAUGCAGCUUUACCAAGAGAUCUCAGCUUUACCCCGAGGUGGCCGCGAAGUCAACUAUGAGCUCAGCGGGAGCCUCAGCUAUCUCCGAUCAUGCGUAAAAGAAGCCUUCCGCGUCUCUGCUGCCCCCACACAGUUCCCGCGCGUGGUUGGGCACUCGCAGAACGUGGAACUGAAUGGUAUCCGGCUGUGUCCAGGUACCGUAGUGUCUAGCUCAAGCUACAUCAUUUCCAGAAAUGAAGCACUGUACGGUUGUCAGCUUGACAAGUUCCUACCCGAACGAUGGGUUGAGGCGACUGAGGAGGCCACGAAAGCGAGAAAGAAGUACGAUUUUCGUUUUGGAUACGGUGCACGGACAUGCUUGGGCAAGAACUUGGUAGAAGUGGAAAUCCACAACGCGGUCUUUGAAAUUUUUCGCCGUGCAGAUGUCAGGGUGCACGAUCAACAGAAAGGAAUUGUUUCGAUGGCGCUUCGCGAGACCAGAUGUGCAUAG